GCGAUGGACGCAAGCUCCAGUAAUCUCCUUGCCAAGCUUACCGCGCUUUCCACCCAGACGCUCUCGUUGCUUCUUGAACGCCAGCGCUUGAGCACCUUCACGCUCAAUGCGACGAACGCGAAGCCGAACACCCUCCAUCUUCCACAGAUUACGCGGAACCUGAGGCAGCUCAGGGAGGGCGUGCUGCAGUUGGAGGAGCGAGAUGGCCGAAGCGAAGCUGUAGAGCUCUUGCGCGCUCAAUACGGCCGCAUGUGUGGUAUGGUGGACAAGGACGUGGAUGUGGAGAAAGAGGGUCUCUUGCCACUGGUAGACGAGACGCCGGUAGAGCAGGAAGCUGUGGCCUCUUCGUCCUCCCGCUCAUCGUCCCCGAUGGGGAUACCACGCAAGGCAAGAGAGACGCUCGGCAUCUCGGGCGGCAAUUUUGCGCCGUACAGUGAUGAUCCUGAGCGCGGGCCGGAGGAAGAGCAGGGCACGGACAUGCUAUUGCAGGAGCAGAGUCAGUUGAUGGCCCACCAGGAUGAUCACCUCGACGCGCUUUCACGAUCCAUCGGCCGGCAAAGGGAUCUGUCACUGCAGAUCAACGACGAGCUAGAUACCCAUCAUGGCCUUCUUGAAUCACUGGAUCACGAACUCGAUCGGACAUCCGACCGUCUGUCGACUGCACGAAGAAAGCUCAACAAGUUUGCGAAGGGCGUCAAGGGCAACGGUUCAACAUAUACCAUCGCAGGCAUCAUUCUCAUCCUGCUUAUCCUAAUCAUCAUCUUCAAAACAUAAACGAUCUCUCGGCGUCGUGCUAUAGUCAUCUUGAGUCAUGUCCUUCACCUUUGAUACGCGAGCAUUGCUCACGUUGUAUGAUGGCAUUGUAUAUGUAUCGUC